CUGUGAUUUUAUAUUUUUCUUUCUUCUUACUAGUUCGCAUAAUCGCCUUAACUCCAGGCAAUAUGUCGAGUUCAUUGUCGGAUAUGCUUAAAGCACAUAAUCAAAAACGUACCGAACUUAAACGACAGAAUGAGAAAACAAAGAAAAUCGCUGUUCAAUCGACCAAAGAUCUGACCGAUGCUCUAAAUGAUUAUGUCAAUGAAGGUGUGGCAGAAAUGUUAUCUAAAGAAAAGGAAUUGGAACAGCAUUCGAGGAAAUUAUCCACUCAAAUAAGCCAAUAUACCAAUCAAACACAGCAAUGGUUGUCAUUAGUGGAUGAUUUCAAUGCCUCUAUUAAGGAGAUGGGUGAUGUAAGAAAUUGGGCAGAAAUAAUGGAACAAGACAUGAAGGCCAUUAUGGCAACGCUGGAGUUUGUGCACAGCGGCAUACCCGAGGACAGUAUAUCGUAGCAAAAUAGCUAGAUGUGCCUGUUUUUAUUGUAACCAACGUUCAGUAAUAAGCUUUAUAUCGUAUUCGUCCUCCCAAUCAUUACUUGUUCUUUUCAAUAAAUCAUUCGAGUAUCAAUUGUUCAUCGCAUC